CUCUAUUUUCCCAUCAGGCACUGGGGCUGUUCAUGCUAGUAGCUAUGCCUGUUUAUUUGAACCACCUCCGAUGUGAUUUGUAAACAGGUUGUGUGUGAGGUCCAACCAUGUCUGAGCUGUUUAUGGAAUGUGAGGAGGAGGAGUUGGAGCCUUGGCAGAGGGCGAUACCGGAAAUCAGUUUGAUUGACGAUGAUGACGACGACGAGCCGAUAUUCGUUGGGGAAAUCUGCAGCUCCAAGCCGUCUCCUAACAGCCGAACAGGUGUCGGUUAUCAGCGUAACCAACCAAAUGUCACAUUCCAACGGGUCACCUCACUGACGUCACCCCAAAAGGCUGGUCAGGCUCAGAUAAACUCUGCCAAACAGUCUCCUCACCUCGCUGUCCGAGGUUCAUCACAGCCAGUCUUCAUCCCUGUCAGCUCCCAAUCAGCACCACUGCAGACUGGACCCAGAUUACUCAACACUGUCUCUCCUCAGCCCAUCAUCAUCAAUAACCAGGGUUAUAUAGUGGCGUCCCCACAAAACCUCAACAAUAAUAACUCGUCGUUCAUCACAUCCAUGGGCUCUCCGUAUCCUCAAGGAACAUCGUUCACUGUUGUGGCAGCCGGUCAACCGACGGUGCAGCCGCCUUCCGCACCUCCUAAACCAGUGCCAGGUGUCAUCCACCGGCCCCAAGUGCAGUUAAUCCACAACAACGUGGUGACGCUGUCUAACGUCCAGGGCCCUGCUGACAUCUCCACCCAGUCUCACUCCAACACCAGUCCACAAUCUAUCCGGCAAAGCUCUCAAAGCAAAUCCAGCUCUCUGAUCUCUUCCAAACACAUCCCACCCACUCUACAAGCUGUGAACAACCGGGAUAACGGGAAAAUGAAACGUAGCACCCUGCCCGAGUUGAACAACGGCACGUCUAAAAGAACUAAAAUCGACAUGGAGAACGAGAGCCCCUUGCCUAGGAAGUGUCCAAAAUGUCAUGUUCACUUUAACUUGAUGGACCCAUUAAAAUCUCACAUGCAGAUCUGCUGCCCAGAAUUAAUGGACACGAUCCUCCCGUCAACCUCGAAGAUGGACCGAGCCGCAAUGCCGGUGCGUUUGUGUGAUACAGAGCGAGGGAAGCUGAUCAUGCUGGUGUCAGAGUUUUACUACGGAAAUUGCGAGGGCGAUCAGUCUGCUGCACGCGAGCAGAAGUCCAACACGACAUUCAAGUGCAACAGCUGUUUGAAAAUCCUCAAGAACAACAUUAGGUUCAUGAAUCAUAUGAAGCAUCAUCUGGAGCUGGAGAAGCAGAACAGUGAGAGUUGGGAGAGUCACACUACAUGUCAGCACUGCUACCGGCAGUAUUCCACCCCGUUCCAGCUGCAAUGCCACAUAGAGAGCGCCCACAGCCCCUACGAGUCCACCACUAAUUGUAAGAUUUGUGAAUUGGCCUUUGAGACAGAACAAGUGCUGUUGGAACACAUGAAGGACAAUCACAAGCCAGGAGAGAUGCCGUACAGCUGUCAGGUCUGCAACUACCGAUCGUCAUUCUUCUCCGACGUCGAGAACCAUUUCCGCACCGUCCAUGAAAACACUAAAGACCUCCUCUGUCCUUUCUGCCUUAAAGUCCUACGCAGUGCCCACAUGUACAUGCAGCAUUACAUGAAACACCAGAAAAAAGGAAUUCAACGCUGCGGGAAGUGCAGACUGAAUUUUCUCACCUACAAGGAGAAAGUGGAACACAAAGCGCUUCAUCAUCGGACUUAUAAAAAACCAAAAAGCCUUGAAGGACUUCCUCCAGGAACGAAGGUGACAAUUCGAGCUUCAUUCAGCGGAGGAUCUACGAUGUGUCCCUCCAUUCCUGGCAAGUCGUACGUCAACCUCAUCCCCACGAGCCCAGACACGGUGAAACCGACUGCUCACAAGUCCAACUCCAGCAUAGGAAAGAUGAAGACAACCCAGAGCAAUAAGAACCGCACCUCCUUACACAACACUGAGCUCAGAGGCUUAAAACUUGUCCCUGGAGUGCACAAAUGCAUCGAGUGUCAAAAUGAAGUUACAGAACCGUACAGCCAUUACCCCGUUUCACUGAAAUGUUUUGUAUGCAAGUAUCGGACGAGCUGUCAGAAAGCUUUCAGACGACAUCGGCUGAGGUUUCACAUCAGCUCCUCAAAACUACGAUUAAACAAGGUGAAUAGGCCUCUGCCAGGCGUACGUAGUCUGACUCUGGUGUGUUUGAACUGUGAGUUCCUGGCCGACGCGUCUGACGCCAACCGCAUGUGUGAGCACCUAAUCAGCAGACCUAACCACAGCUGCCAGGUCAUUUUAGAGACAGACGCAGAUUCGACAGCGGAGAGGAUGACUCUUUCUGACACUGAUAAGGUUGAGGACCAAAGUCCGAAAGCAGAAGUGAGCAGUUCUGACAGUUCCAAGGUUUCCUCUUCACAAGUAUCCACCGUGAAACCAGGGCUGAACGAAAUGGAAUCUCUGAGCAUUGCUAAUGUGUGGAGCGAAGGAUGUGUCACUGAGCCCAUUAGAAAUGAAGUUACGCCAACGCAGACCAUUCACCAAGACGCAGAAGAGAAGGCGGGACCUGAAAGCUUGGAGCCUACAGCCGAGAGUGACUCGGUGAUGACAGAACCUCAGGACUCUGAUGUUCCCAUCAACCCUUUCAGCCCAAUCGAAAACGGAGGCGGCGUGACAGCAGAUGACUUCCUGAAUAAAGGUGAUAAAGUGGAGUCUAUAAGUGUGCACUCCCUGCUAGAGCCUCUCACUCCAUCCAAGGUUCUCGAAGGCGAUGAAGCUGAGAACGUGCCAGAACCGACGAAAGGCAUUUCACCUACCUGUAAUAGAGACUUGGAGGAGGAGGAGGAGGAGGAGGAAGAGACCUCAGGCCUGAUAAACACCUAGACAACUUUUAGCUUCAGAGUAGCAUAGGACAAGAACACCUCCAUUUUUACUUUUACAUCUUUUUUAAUCUAGAUCUAAAACCUACUUAACGGUUGUUACUUAAUGUAAGACUUUUAACGAUUAUGGAGUGUUCAUCUCUUGGAACUGAUAAGAAAAAAUGCUGUUUGUGACGAAACUUGAAUUGAGAUUGAUUGUGUUACUGUGCUCCAGUACAAAGUAUUGCCUUUUAUAAAGAACCAUUGUCCAUUUCAGAAACAAACUGAGAGACUGUGAAAUGAACUGUUACCAUAAUCAGCAUUGCUUUUUUCCACCUAAUUUAAUACCAGGAACUGGCACAUGAGGAACCUUGAAUUAUCUUGGACUUUAGGUGAGACUGUGUCUCAGUGCACUGAAUGAUAUCACGGUGUACCCAGCUGAUAAAAACAGCCUUCUCCACACACACACACACACACACACACACACACACACACAAAGCUUUAAUGUUUUACUGUAAGAUAUUCUUUUAUAUACUUUUUUAAUUGGAAAAGGAGGUUCUAUCAUUCAGUUACACUGUUCUAGUCACGCUGGACAAAAGCACAAUGGGUUUUAGAGGUAAGGCUCCAUCAUGUCCUCGCUCUAAUUAAAACGAAUAAAGCUGAACUUCUCUUUUAUUACA